AUGGAGAUAGCUCUUCAGAGCGACAGUAAGGGUAUUUUAUACGAAGGCUAUACCAAGGCCUUUCGUCAAUGCGUCUUCGAAGAAGGCGAUGUUCAUGGUAAAAACGAGCGAUAUGAAUUCCGUUGUGAUUAUGACCUUGAAUGCUGCGGAAGAUCGUGCUGCAUUCCACAAGAAGCCACUAUUCCAUUAUGGCUUAUGAUUAUUCUCAUUGUUCUUGCUCUUCUUCUGCUUCUAGCACUUUUUGCUCUUCUUGCUUACUUGUGUGGAAAAUGGUUGAAAUCGAGACCGAAGAAGGAUGAACAUGCGAAUGGCGCGAGCAAAUACGCAGCUCUUCGCAGCAACGGCGACGAGUACGCGAUAAAUGAUCGCUAUGAGCGCGAGAAGUACAGCACACCGGAUGACAUUUACAGCGCUUAUCGUAGUAAAUACGACAAUGGAAUUGGAAGAAAUGGUGGAGCAAACGGCUGGAGAAAUGGCUAUGGACAUGACUCAAUGCUCGAUAUUGAGAGACCACAUAACGAUGAUUACCGUCGUAGGGAUUAUGCGGUGUCUCAGAACUACGUUCGCAGACCUUCCGGACAACUUGUCUAUGAUAGUGACAAUGGAUCAGUGGUUCGGCAUGGAGUCCACGAGACUGUCGAAGAAAGUUACAAACAGGAAAUCACCUAUGAGCAAAAAUUCGUGCCGUCUCCAAUGCAAGAGACGACCUUGAUGAUGCCAAAGUCGAUUCAGAUAACCCAGCGUAGCGAAGAUGAGAUCAGUCGGGCGUCGGUGCCACAGCUCGUCGAGCCGGCACCGUUGUCGCCGCAGCGUGCUCAUAACGCUUUCUAUAGACCAUUUGUACCGGAUAAUGUGGAUGAUCGCGAAUUGCCGCCACCACUUCGCGGAUCGAUUUCCUAUCAUUCCGUCGAUGAGCUCAGCCACAGUCAAUUUGGAACAAUUAAAUCUGUUGAAAAACCCAAGGAUAGGAACUCUGAAAGAAUGUACAAAAGACCAGGUUUCGACAACGUUCCUGCCUACUAA